AGCUUACAAACAAAAAAAAGAAGUCACUCUUUUUCUUUCAUACCCACACUCACCUUCCCCUUUUCCCUCUCCAAUUAUAUCUUCCCACCAACCUCCAAUCAUCACCGCCGCCGCCACCACCACCAUCACCACCGUAUCUCCGUCACACAACCACCACGAUGCAAGCUUCAUUACUCCCUUCGUUACCCACCAUUUUCGUAUCCAAAACACUCAAAACAACCCACAAACCCAACACAGUUUCAGUCAAAGCCACCACCACAACCACCAUUUCAGACACACCCACCACAAAAUCAGCUGACCCAUCUGAAAAACUAAACAAAUACAGUUCAAGAAUCACUGAACCAAAGUCACAAGGUGCAGCACAAGCCAUAUUGUAUGGUGUUGGACUUUCUGAUGAUGAUUUAAAGAAACCCCAAAUUGGAAUUUCAUCAGUUUGGUAUGAAGGGAAUACUUGUAAUAUGCAUUUAUUGAAGCUUUCUGAAGCUGUAAAACAAGGUGUUGAAAAGGCUAAUAUGAUUGGUUUUAGAUUUAAUACAAUUGGUGUUAGUGAUGCUAUUUCAAUGGGGACUAGAGGAAUGUGUUAUAGUCUUCAAUCUAGAGACUUGAUUGCUGAUAGUAUUGAAACUGUUAUGUCUGCUCAAUGGUAUGAUGGUAAUAUCUCUAUUCCUGGUUGUGACAAAAAUAUGCCAGGUACGAUUAUGGCAAUGGCACGUUUGAACCGACCAAGUAUAAUGAUUUAUGGUGGAACCAUCAAGCCUGGUCAUUUUGAAGGCCAUACGUACGACAUAGUAUCUGCCUUCCAGGUAUACGGAGAAUUUGUAAGUGGUAAAAUAAAUGAUGAACAGAGAACAAAUGUGUUAAAAAAUUCUUGCCCGGGAGCAGGGGCUUGUGGAGGAAUGUAUACAGCAAACACCAUGGCCUCUGCCAUUGAAGCAAUGGGAAUGUCCCUUCCGCGCAGCUCUUCGACACCUGCAGAAGAUCCAUUGAAGUUACUUGAAUGCCAUGCAGCUGGAGAACACCUUCUUAAUUUAAUUAGAAUGGACUUGAAACCAAGGGACAUAAUCACCCCAAAAUCUUUGCGUAACGCAAUGGUUACAGUUAUGGCCCUGGGUGGAUCCACAAAUGCGGUUUUACACUUAAUUGCCAUUGCAAGGUCUGUCGGCUUGAGUUUGACUCUUGAUGAUUUCCAAAAGGUCAGUGAUGAGGUCCCAUUCCUAGCGGAUCUUAAGCCAAGUGGAAAGUUCGUCAUGGAGGAUGUACAUAAGAUCGGUGGAACACCAGCAGUCCUACGCUACCUUUUAGAGCUUGGGUAUUUAGACGGAGAUUGUAUUACUGUCACUGGGAAGACACUUGCAGAAAAUGCAAAAGAAUUUCCUCCUUUGUCAGAAGGGCAGCAAAUAAUAAGACCACCAACAAACCCAAUAAAGGAAACCGGUCACAUUCAAAUAUUGUAUGGAAAUCUUGCACCAGAAGGUUCUGUGGCUAAGAUCACAGGAAAAGAAGGGUUAUAUUUCUCUGGUCCUGCACUCGUAUUUGAGGGGGAGGAGUCUAUGAUUGCGGCCAUCUCUGAAGACUCAGCGAGUUUUAAGGGGAAAGUAGUUGUUAUUAGAGGAGAGGGUCCUAAAGGGGGACCUGGUAUGCCUGAAAUGCUGACACCAACUAGUGCAAUAAUGGGAGCAGGCCUCGGAAAGGAAGUUGCCUUGUUGACAGAUGGACGAUUUUCAGGUGGUUCACAUGGAUAUGUUGUUGGACACAUAUGCCCUGAAGCACAGGAAGGUGGUCCAAUUGGACUAAUUGAAAAUGGAGAUAUAAUCACCAUAGAUAUCAGCAAGAGAAGAAUGGACGUUCAGUUAACAGACAAAGAACUAGAUGAAAGAAGAAAAACAUGGACUCCCCCUCCAUACAAAGCUACCAAAGGUGUUCUAUAUAAGUACAUCAAGAAUGUCCAGUCGGCUUCAAAUGGAUGUGUGACUGAUGAGUAACUGAGCAAGUCAAGAUUAUUGAAUUGCAUAUAGAGAACUAGUGAAAGCUUGAACACUGAUGGCCUUCACUGCGGAUUCUUGGUUCAUCUUUAUUGGCUCCUGCUUAAUUUUGUAUGCUACUUAGUUAUUUCAAAGAAUUCAGUUUGUAUUUUGAGAUGAUAAAGACAAUCAGACAUGGACUCUUUUUGGGUAUAUUGUGGUAAAGCCCAAAUUUAAAUGAUUUGUGUAGGAA